AUGACUUCAGAUACUCGCUUCCGGCAUGAACGAGACACCGCCGCCGCUCUUGACCUGAUGAGCCGGGGAGCGGACUACAUCAAGGGCGAUAAUCUCUCUCGAUACGUUGAUUUAUUCAAAGUCGUGCGAGACCAGGUUUAUAGCUCUUCUGCUCGACAGGGCUCCGAGCCGACCAACAUCAAUCCAUUGCCCCCUUCAGGAGACAACAUGGAUACCAUCCCCGAGACCACUGUUGACAAUGAAGAGCUGUUCCCGUUCCUCGACGGCCAAGACUUCGAUAGCUAUAUUAAUCAGGUGACAGGAUAUUUCGCCGACAGCGCCACUGAAAUGGACCAUGUUCUCACUGCUUGGUAUGGCUCAAUCUUGAGUGAGACCCAGUAG